AUGAAGGCCACAAGACCUGAAGUUAUUCGCGGAAUACCCGUGUUCUGGGCCUUGGAAGUACUUCGGUCAGCUUGGCUUCGACGUGACUUUCGCCGGUACUACAGCGUUUCCCAGGUGGCUGAGGAGCUCGACGAGUUUUGGUCUCAUAGCUGGAAGACUCCCGCUUUGCUCAAGUACUCGUGUGUACUCUACUUGAACAAUGGUUUGCCAGCGCUCCUGAUCGGAAUGCUCUGCUCUGGGGUAGCCGCCGUCCUCUAUGUUGCCGGUGUCCUUCCGGCAUGGGCUGAUUUUCGUUACGAAUUUGAAUGUUUCUGGUGCACACCUGCUGGGCUCAUUGGCUUCUAUGCUGGUCUCCUACUAUGGGGGAAGCGAAAGCUG